AUAGCAGCCUUGCUCCUGGCCGCACGCCCCAUGGCUCCCGCAGUCUUGCCUGCCCUCCUGCCUCUGUGUGCGUGUCUGCUGCUGGCCUCCGGCUUUGCCCAGGCGGGCAAGCUGCUGGUGGUGCCCAUGGAUGGCAGCCACUGGCUCUCCAUGCGCUCUGUGGUGGAGAAACUCUCCCAGCGAGGGCACGAGGUGGUUGUGGUUGUGCCCGAGGUGAGUUGGCAGCUGGGAGGCUCGCUGAACUUGACAGUGAAGACGUAUUCAACCUCUCACACGCUGGAGGAUUUGGACCGGGAGUUGAAGGUUUUUAUUGACACGCAGUGGGAAAAGAAGGAAGGAGGUAUCUUUUCUCUACUAAUGGGCUCUUCCAUUCCAUUUUUUGAGUUGGUUUUUUCACAUUGUAGGAGUCUGUUUAACGACAAGGAAUUGGUAGAAUUCCUGAAGGAGAGUUCUUUUGAUGCGGUGUUCCUGGAUCCUUUUGAUAUGUGUGGCUUAAUUGUUGCCAAGUAUUUGUCACUCCCCUCUGUGCUCUUUGCCAGGGGAAUAUUUUGUCAUUAUCUUGAAGAAGGAGCUCAGUGCCCUGCUCCCCCGUCUUAUGUUCCCAGAGGCAUCUUGGGUUUUACAGAUGCCAUGACUUUCCAGGAGAGAGUGUGGAACUAUAUAAAUCACUUGGGGGUGCAUAUGUUUUGUCCACUUUUUUACAAAACUGUCUCAGAAGCUGCCUCUGAAAUUCUUCAAACACCAGUCACUCCAUAUGAGCUGUACAGCCAAGUGUCGAUUUGGUUGUUGCGAUCUGACUUUGUCUUGGACUUUCCCAGACCCGUGAUGCCCAACAUUGUGUACAUUGGUGGGAUGAACUGCCACCAGGGAAAGCCACUGUCGAAGUACGAAGUCUUAGCGGCCGAAGUCCUCGAGAGAGAUGUGCACUUACCUGCCUUACAUCAGCAUGCAGUGUGGCUCUUACGAUACGACUUUGUGCUUGAGCACCCAAGGCCAGUCAUGCCCAACAUGGUCUUCAUUGGAGGGAUCAACUGCGAGAAGACUGGGGCCCUGAGUCAGGAAUUUGAGGGCUACAUCAAUGCCUCUGGAGAGCAUGGGAUCGUGGUUUUCUCGUUGGGAUCCAUGGUCGCAGAGAUUCCGGAGAAGAAAGCUAUGGCGAUUGCUGAGGCUCUGGGCCAAAUACCUCAGACGGUCCUUUGGCGCUACACUGGAAGGCGGCCAUCAAAUCUUGCCAACAACACAAUACUUGUCAAGUGGUUACCCCAAAAUGAUCUGCUGGGUCACCCGAAGACCCGGGCGUUCAUCACGCACUCUGGCUCCCACGGCAUUUAUGAAGGAAUAUGCAAUGGCGUCCCCAUGGUGAUGAUGCCCUUGUUUGGUGACCAGAUGGACAAUGCAAAGCGCAUGGAGACCCGGGGGGCUGGCGUGACCCUGAAUGUUCUUGAAAUGACUUCUGAUGAUCUAGCCAAUGCACUCAAAGCAGUCAUCAAUGACAAAAGCUACAAGGAGAACAUCAUGCGCCUCUCCAGCCUGCACAAGGACCGCCCCAUUGAGCCCCUGGACCUGGCUGUAUUCUGGGUGGAGUUCGUGAUGAGGCACAAGGGGGCGCCACACCUGCGGCCCGCGGCGCAUGACCUCACCUGGUACCAGUACCACUCCUUGGAUGUGAUUGGCUUCCUGCUGGCCGUGGUCCUGGCAGUGGUCUUCACCAUCUUUAAAUGCUGUGCCUUUGGCUGUCGGAAAUGCUUUGGGAAGAAGGAACGGGCCAAGAAAUCCCACAAGGCCAAGGCCCAUUGAGAAGUGUGCAAAGUAAGGGGAAGCCUUGAUGUAUUCUCCAAUCAUUGAGACACUUGGAAACAAAUUCCCUGUCAAGUUCAUUUUAUUCUUACCAAGGAAAUUCUUUGUAUAAUUGAGACACCCCCAGCUCACUUUCCUUUAAAAAUUUUAAAAUAAUCCAAUUGUUGGACAUACUUACGGGUAAAAUGUUGAAUAUGCAUUCUGCUUGUCCAGUUUCUUUAACCUGACUACACCUGUCAGCCCCAAAUGAAUUAUAGAGCAAAAGUGACAUAUUUCCUAAUUUUCUUAUUCAUAAAUGUGGACCCUUUAGGGACAUAUGAUUCAAACACCCCCUGUCUUUGGAUGACCUGUACAUUGUCAUCUGUUUUCUGUAAUAUUCUGAUCAAUACCUGUCCAGAGAUUGUUGGUCCUUGCUUGUAUCCAUACCUCAUAGGAUGUCACUUGGUGUGUUUAUAGAAGGAAGCCUUAGUACCUUUAGGGUGUACUUGAUAUGAAUAAAUGGCUUGGAGUCCUUGAAAACAUGUAUCGUUUCUGACCUUGGAGAAAAGAACGGAAAGAAUGGUGUGACAAAAUUGCUGGGCGUUGUAUUUGAGAGGAUGAUCGUUGCAGCAUCAAAUGGGUCUGUAUUUGAUGAAAGCUAAAGAAUUGGGCAAAAAUAUUUUCUCCGGUUUCCCCAAAUCAAGAUUUCUUAAUAAAUUCUUACAAAUAUA